AUGGCGACCUUUCUUCAAGAAAAUAAGGCAGAAGAACUCUAUAGAGUUGAAUUUGCUACCUUCCGAAGUCUUUAUUUCCUCAAUAUGCCUCUAGAGAUUAUUCAAAGAGAAAUAGGGAUUGCUCAAAGAAAGAUCCCCGAUCAAGUCAAAAAGCAGCUCGUCGAGCGGAUGCUUGCCGAGUACAAAAAGAAUCCUCUUCUUGCGUCUGAUCUAGACCUUCGCAUUAUCCCUCCUAGGGGACCUUAUGGAAGAGAAGUGCGACUACGCUUUCUUUCUUUACUCGAAGAAGCUUCAGCGAUGAACAAUGAGGAAAAAGCUGUGGCUUUUCUGAUCAGAAAAUUUGUUCCCCAAACCUUCAGAGAUAAGAAAAAAGUAGACAAGUGGAUACUUCUACGAACUCUGAAGCGGAUCCUCAAAAGCAUUCUACGCCGACUUGGUCUUUUACGGUUCAUCCAGGCCGCGAGAGGCACAGAGGAGAAAUACUGA